AUGAUCAAGAGAGCAGGCGUAACGUACACACAAACCGAAAACGGACAUCCGAUAGUUCUAAUGCCGGCUAACAUAGGACCUAAGAAAUUGAAGCGGAUGUCCUUUCGGAAACCCCGGAAACGUCGCUACUGCGCGGUGUCGCGUCGUCACCGAACGUCGUUCGACUUGACGAAUCAAGUGAUCGUUUACUUCGAACCGGGAGGCAGUGGAAAAUACGAAGUGGUUGGUGGCAGCACUCCUGGUCACGGCGGUGGUAACGAGCACUUCCCUGCGCGACAAAAGACGGUCGAACUCGACGUGACGCCGGUGGACGGGAACCGCAAGGGCAGGCCCAAAGGAUCGAAAAAUAAGUCGCCGCCGUCGACGUCGUCGCCAUCGGGAUCCAGCGCGUUCAACUACCGGUGCGAGAAAAGGUCGCUGACGUACACGUUCGCUGGUCCGGUCAAGUGCAAGUCGUGCGACCGGACGUUCAACGGCGACCCGGUGGCCCACUGUCUGGAGCAUCACAAAUCCGUGUGUCCCAUAUGCGGCCGCACGUACCGGCCACCGCUGUCCGCGCACAUCAAGUCGCACGGGUCCCGGUACGUGUCACUGACUGUUUCUUGUUACGAGUGUUACGCGUGCAAGGAGAAGUUCGGUAACCAUUCGACCAUGGCCGAACACAUACUGACCGUACACUCAGUCACGGCCGCCGAGUGUUCGCUGUGCGGUGCCGUGGCGUUCGAAACCGUCGGCGCGGCCGUCAAUCACCUGGUAGACGCGCACUGUCCAAGGAAGACGUUCAGCCACCCGACCGUGUACCGGUGCCGAGUGUGCCUAGCCGGGUUCAAAACCCAGAUCAACGUGCUGCGGCACGCGUGUAACAAGAUCAAGUCUCCGCAAUGCGGACAGUGCGGCAAGUCGUUCCCGUCCAAGAUGCGGUACGCGUUUCACCUGCAGUUCCACGAACACCCGAAGUGGGCGACCAUGCAUCUGCACUGCGACUUGUGCCUGGCCGAGUUCGACGACGAGUAUCAACUGUACGAUCACAUCCGGUUCCGGCACGAGCUGCACGACAAGGCUGUGUGUGAGGUGUGCGGCCGGACGUUCAAGUCGUCCAUGGGUCUCAACAUCCACCGCCGGUAUCACACCGGGUCACGGGACUUUACGUGCAAGUCGUGCGACAAGUCGUUUUUGAACAAGUCCACGCUCCGGGAGCACGAGAUCUCGCACAUGGACGUCAAGCCGUUCCAAUGUCACAUAUGCGGCCAGUAUCUGAGCCGCGCGUCCAGGCUCCGGUCGCACGUCAAGACGCACCGGGCCGCCGAGUCGACCGAACAAACGUGUUACGGCUGCAGUGAAUGCGGUUACGUGGCGCCCAACCCGGCCGCGGUCGCCGACCACUCCAGCAAGGAGCAUUGCGGCGAUGACGCACGCACGACGGCGGCAAACGAGUGUGGAUGUUACGCGGUGCAACUGCCGUCGGUGGUCAAGUGCGAGUACUGCGACUCGACAUAUCUAGACGCAGUGCACUUGAACCGACACCGUGAAGCGGCGCACGCGGGCGGAGGAUCUGGCGACGCGGAGGCGUUCAUCUGCGUGGUGUGUUCGUCCACGUUCAGCACGUACUCCAGGUUGACCACGCACAAGUUGACGCACGGCAUAAACAUGGAGUCCUCCUGUAACGCGCCCGCUCAACAGCAACUUGACGAGCAACAGCAAAAACUACAGCAGCAACAGCAGAUGCAACCCGCGCCUGACCAGGUCCCCGACCGGUUCGAAAUACCGCAAUUUUUCUCUUGUGAGCACUGCGCCAAGAUGUGCUUGCACUACACGUACUUUUGCCUACACCGGCGGCUCAAACACCCGCCUGGCGUGCAGACGCACACGUGCGACCAGUGCGGCGUGGACUUUAAGACUUCCUGGAGACUGACGUACCACAAGAAAACCGCGCACGGGCACCCGGCGGCCGCGGCGGACGAGAAACCGACUGAGAUGUUCAACUGCACAGUGUGCUCCCGGCAGUUCGUCAAGAUUGGCGCGCUCAACCUGCACAAGACCCGCACGCACAUCGACGCGGUCGGCGACGUGUGCAAGUACCUGUGUCACCAGUGUGGCAAGUUUUUCAGCUCAGAGUUUUCGCUCAAGUCGCACGUCAAGACGCACGAGUUCGUCAUUGGUGGUUGCACCGACGAUCACGCGCACGACAACACCAACGAUUGCGACGAACCCGCCGCGAUAGCGUCACAGACGGUGCAGGCGCGGCCGAAUUACCGGCGGCGCACGUACCGGAAACAGGCGGUCGCCACAGCCGUACGUUCGGCCAAGAAGUCGUGUCCGUACUGCACCCAUACGAUCGAAGACGAGACGGCGUUCAUCGAGCACGUCAACGGUCACAUCCGGAGUUGCAAUACCGUAUUGCCGACGGGCACCGUUUGCGAGCUGUGCGAUGAGCAUUUCGCGGACUCCGCGCAACUCAAGCACCACCUGGACGACCACGUGAACGCGAACCAAGGCCUGCUGUGCCGGGCGUGCUACUCACCGUUCCUGUCGGCGGCCACGCACGAUGCGCACGUGGCCGCGGGAUGCCAGUUCGCCGUGACGAUGCCGGUCAACGCGAUCGGGGACUCGGCCCUAACCGCCGUUACGUCCGACGUGAGGUUCUCCGACCCGUCCACCGAUGCCGCCCCGGCCGACGUGAAAAUCACAGAACCGUCGACCGAUACCGCCCCGGCCGACGUGAAGUUCACAGAACCGUCCACCGCUGCCACCCCGGACGACGUGAAGUUCACAGAGCCGUCCACCGCUUCCAACCCGCCCGACGUGAAGUUCACAGAGCCGUCCACCGCUUCCGCCCCGCCCGACGUGAAAUUCGUCGGCACGCCCGCCGCCCCGCAAUCCGACGCCCGUCCGCUGAUCGUCGACUGUUCAGAGAUAUUCGCCAAAGGCGACGCGGUCACGCCGUCGUCGGCCGAGCCACCGCUCUUCAAGGUGCCGCCAGCUGACGAUAAAUCCACGGAAACGUCCGUGAUCGACGAGCUCCUGUCCAUACUGUCCACGCCUCGUUCGUUGGCCGCGCUCGAUAAUAUUGAUAUCCAACCGUCGGACGACAUGACGUUGGACGCAAUAUUCAACAGCAUCUCGGCCGCGGACUGACGUUCUUACGUAGAAUAAUCGAUAAUUAUACAACAUAAUAUAUUAUAUAGUAGAGAGUGUUCGUCGUGAUAACCACUGCGACUGACGCAGCAACCGCUUGGUUUCCCCCCUACCCGUUAUCCAUCACCCCCGUGUUUUCCUACUUGCAGUGGCGCGUUUGCGUUAUUUUUUUUACUCGCCCGUUUUUUACUGGCGCGUUUUUGCUUUUUACAAAGACAUUUUUCGAAAAGCACAUGCAUUUAUUUUGUCAUCGGCCACCAAAAACUGCAAACUGUAUACUAUUAUUUACUCAUAUCCCAUUAUUAUUAUUACGGUUGUUAUUGUAAUGUCCGGACGUCA